CAUGCUUUCCAUCGCGAGCUUCGCUUUUUCGACCGGGUCCCUUUUCUUCGUCCCAAACCAACACCUCGCCCAUGCCCAUCGCGAGCUAAUCAACCGGGUCGCGCGUAUAUCAUCGGGCACUAUACUAAUCAACGGCCAGCACCCGGCAUCAACCUGCGACCGAUAUUUCGCCCUUGACAGCACCCUCUGCGAACAUUCUCUGUCGAUCACAGCCAACAAGUCGCGUCGAAAAGGAAUAAAUAGCACCCACAAUGACGGACCGGCUCCCGCCCAACCUUCUCGCGCUCUUUGCGCCGCGCCCGCCGCUGCGCUGGGUACCGCCAUCCGACCACGCGCCCGAGCAGCGCAAGACGGCCGCUGUAUCCGGCGUCGCUCAGUUCCUGCCGGCCCUCGCCGAGUACGAGCGCGAGUACGAGUACCAUCCCACCGAGAGCUGGCUCGAGGCGCGCGAUCGCAAGAAGCGCGAGAAAGUGCACCAGGUGGAGGAAGUCGUUACCGAGGGCCCGAAAAAUUACUCGCCCCACGACGACCAAAACAUUCGCGGCGAUGCGUUCAAGACGCUGAUUGUGGCGCGUUUGGACUACAGCGCCGACGAGAAGGAUUUGGAGCGCGAGUUUGGACGGUUUGGGCCUAUUGAGCGCAUCCGCAUCAUUCGUGACACCCAUGCCCACGAAAAGGGGAACAAGAAGAAGAAGCCUCACCGCGGCUACGGCUUCGUAGUGUUCGAGCGCGAGAAGGAUAUGAGAGCUGCUCUGGAUGGAUGUGACGGUAUUCGUAUCAAGGACCGCCGCAUCAAGGUUGACGUCGAGAGGGGCAGGACCGUCAAGGGGUGGAAGCCCCGCCGUCUGGGAGGUGGUCUCGGCGGCCGCGGAUACACCAAGGCGUCCAUGGCCAGGCCCAUGGGUCCCGGCGGGUUCGGUGGUGGGUUCCGGGGCGGCUUCGGCGGCGGCUUCAGAGGGGGACGCGAUCGCGGAUUCCGAGGUGGCGGCGGCGGCUUUGGCGACCGCGGUGGGUUCCGCUCCGGCCCCGGUGGUCCUGGUGGUCCCGGUGGUCCCGGAGGUGGCGGGUAUGGCAACCGCGAUCGUGGCUUCGGCGGCCCCCCUAACGCCCCCAGCGGACCUGGCGGUGGUGGCUACGGUGGCCGCGACAACCGUCGGGACGGUCCCGGAGGAGGAGGAGGCGGUGGGUAUGGUCGUGACGGCGGCGGCUCACGCUCAUAUGAUGACAGAUCUGGCGGCGGAGGCUACCGCGACCGCAACCCCCGGCAGUCUGGCAGCAACAUGGAGCCCAUCCGGCCCCGCGGCGGCGGCGGCGAGAAUGGUGGGUACGGCGGCAGCGGUGGCAGAGACUACGACCGGCCCAGAGACCACGACGACUCCCGGAAGCGCGGCUACGAAGGCGGCGGCUACGAAGACCCCAGGAAGUUGCGACGCUACUAACAAGACUGACCCUUGUCUUGUGGUGGGUAUCACUUUCUUGACUGUCGUUUUCUUCGUCUCCCUGAUUCGUCUCAUCUCGACAAUGAGGGUAAGCCGUCUCGUCAAAACACCGACUCUGCCAGCAGGCGCAGGCAAAACCAAACUACUUCUGGCGAGGGCAUUCAUUCAGCAGAUGCCCUCCCGGCCGGCCGGUCUUUUGACAGGCAAGGUAACCUCUCCUCAUCCGUCGGAGCAAGGCCGCGCCUACUGCUCCAGGAGGCUUGCAUGUCACCCGGAACCGCCCAGGACUGCCCGGAUCCUUACUGUCGCCCAAGGAACUACCUGCCUAAAGAAGCAAGCCAGCCGUGCAAUGGCCGUGCUGCUGCAAUGCCUUUUUGCCCCGAGUACGAACAAGAGUUCGCGGGAAGGUAACCAUUCUUCGCUUUGUAUUUAUUUACUUCUUGAU